GGGAAGACGCGUCGAGCGAUGCUGGAGGGAUUCGUGAGGUGAGGGCGACGGUCUGCUCUCGGACCGACGAGUACCUUGUUCGCUUCGACCGAUUCGAGUCGGUCCAGCCUGUGAACGGUGCAGCAUCCCUUUCUCGGGAGGAGGUCGAGGAGGACCGAGGGACUCGUGGUCCGCUUUCCCGUCGCUCUGGGUGGACGCUGAAAAGUAUUCGGAGUCGAUCCGUCACCCUAGGAGAUUACAAUGCCACCGAUCCCGAGAAUUGGAGAGAUACGUGGUUCCCGCGAAUCCCGGGAGCCCCGCUCGAGAUAAAUCCGACGAGGUUCAGCAGCGUGGAUCAUGCGUUUCCCAAACGAGCUGACACAAUCCGCGGCUCCGGCGUUAAUUGGGCCUGUCGUCUUUAUUUACGAAAGGAUCAAUAAUCGAGACGAGCUGCUGCUACCCGCGGAGAAGGAGAAGGUGAAGGAGGAGGAGGAGGAGAUGGUGGAGUAAAGACGGCGUUCAAGUGCCGCAGGAAGUAAUGGCCAACACGUGAGAACGACGCCGAGGAACGUGGACGUGUCUGUCCAAGCACCUCUCAGAUAUAUGUUUUCUGUCAUACGACUCAAGUGCCAUUUUUAUUGUAUUCGAUGCAAUCACCAGAUGCACGUGUGCUCCUGGCCAGCAAUGUCUGCUCAUUUAUGCCCCACGAGGGAUCAUGAACGGAUACUUUGAUCAUCUUGUGGGAGCCGGUGGUAACAUGUUAGGAAGUGCCAUAGGAAGAUGGAGAUCUUUCGAAGAACAUUGUGAAGCCCAAAGUGCGCAGCUUUUGGAGUAUAAUGGGAGAUAGGGAGAUCCCUUGGAUGAGAGGAUCACCUCUGUAAACGAAGAGGGGUGGGUGCGUUUUAAAUGAAUUAAAGACCAAAGAAGCAUCAGGAAUUCGGAUUAAAGCUCGCCACAACAUGCCAGGUGGAAAUGUUAUGGAGGAGGAUCUUGUGGGCCCGGAGUGGCUUUUCAGAGAGCUGAGAUCUCAAGAAGGCCAUGGCAAGCUACUCAUCCUCGACUGCAGGGCACAUUCUGAUUUCUCUGAAACUCAUAUAAGAGGUUCGGUUCCUUUAGCUAUACCUAGUAUCAUGCUGAGACGGCUGGCAGCAGGUAAAGUUGAUUUGUUGUCAACCAUAAGGUGUUUAGAUCUAAGAAAUAGGGUUGAAGUGUUUUUGUGUGGAGAUGAAAACAAUAGAGGAACAUUCGUGUUAAUCGGUGACUCUACAGACCCUGCAGGACAUCAGGGUGAAACAAUUCAAGUCUUGAGCCGAAGACUUAGAAGUAGUGGAGGAUGCGUAGCUAUUUUAAUUGGUGGUUUUAGUGCAUUCAGAGAUAAAUAUCCUGAAUGGUGUGAAGUUAGUCAAGUUGGAGGGGAAUGCCCUCCUGGUCAAGACUCUAAUGAAGGUGAAUUAAUGGGUCUUAGAUCCCUUCGAAUAUCUACUCCCCCAACAAGGUCCUACUCAGAUUCUGAUAGUGAUAGCACUUGUGAUUCUGUUGGACCCGAGGAGGACAAAGACUUUCCAGUCGAAAUUUUGCCUCAUUUGUAUCUUGGAAAUGCAGCCAAUAGCGAAGACAGGGAAGCAUUAGCACGUCACAGGAUACAGUACAUUCUUAACGUAACCCCAGAUUUGCCAAAUGUAUUUGAAAGCGCUGGUUCGAUAAAAUACAUGCAAAUACCCAUAAGUGAUCAUUGGAGCCAGAACUUAGCUAGUUUUUUUCCGCAAGCAAUUCAGUUUAUUGAGGAAGCACGAAGUUCAGACAAAGGAGUGCUAGUUCACUGUUUAGCUGGAGUGUCGCGGUCCGUUACAAUCACUGUAGCCUACCUAAUGCACAAGUGUAGCCUCAGUUUGAACGACGCUUUUAACUUAGUUCGUAGUCGAAAGUCCAACGUUGCCCCGAAUUUCCAUUUCAUGGAGCAACUGCACAGUUUCGAGAAGGAGCUGAGGGACAGGGGCGACAGGAACAGGGGGAACGAUCAGAGGUGCAUCGGUGCAUGUAGACCAGGUGGUCCGUGCAACUGUCCAGCGCCCAGUUUUCUCAGCCCGAUCGAUUUGGGCCUCAGUCCAGAUUCAGGUAUCGAAUUCGAUAGGUGGGCGGCGAGUACGCCGGCCGAAUGAGACGGGCCAGGGGGGACCCAAUACAAAUUUUAGGUCCCUCCUAGUGUAUCGCAUGCCAUAGUAGAAAAAAAAGAGCCCUAAUUGAAGGGUACGGGAAACGAAAUUUACAUUCUACUAGGGAAAUGACGAUAGCGAUUAAGAAACACGUUGACACAAGUAGACGAUCCACAGAUAUGUUUCUGCUAACCGACGAAAAUUUGUUAAGCCUUUCUACUAUUUUUCUACAGAAAUUCUUUCAUCACGGCUUCACGUGGGCUCGUAUAUAAUUCUCUGCGUGGAAAGGGUGUGCACCUUUCCUUCUCAGACUGUGUACUGGAACAGUAAAUUUGUCUUUAUCGAAUAUUCCUUCUACCGGAGACGUGUGAACUAAUUUUCGCUAUGAUUGUAAAUCUUGAAUUUCUCGUACGCAAAUCAUUGAUACGAUGUAAGUCGCGUUUGUAAUUUAGAGGGGGGGAAGAGGAUUAUGCUAAUUAGUACGACGAAGGUUCCGCGAACGUUUUCCCUUUAUCCUUUUUCUUCUAAGUUGUCGCGAUAGCGUUGAUCACUGAAAGUAUUUUAUAAUUGAAAGCUGUACCUUCUUACGCGUGAACUGUACGCUGUUGUGAUCGUAUAUUCUGAGAUUAUGCUUCCAUGUUCCGAGACUUUACGUGCAGAUUCUGUAAACGACGUAUGUUUGAGUUCGUUGGUCAGCGCUACCGUUGGUCCCUCAAAUACAAUUUCUAGGGAUACACUUUUAUACGUACACUAUAUCUCGAAAGAAAGAAAAAAAACGAAAUGCUAUAUAUUUUUAAUACUUACUCCCUGAACCCUUCAAUUAACGAGGCUGUGUUUGUUUAAUCGCAGACGAUGUUUACUGUGAACAGAAGAACAAAAGAAAAAAAACAAAGCAAAUAAAGUAAAUUCUCUUAACGAAAUAAGUCGUCAACCAGGCAAUCACGAGUA